UGGUGCUGAGGCGGACCCUGCCGGGAAGCGGGGCCUUCUCCUCCGCUCCGCCCGUUGGCUUCCCCCGGAAACUUGCCCCGUUCCUGGCCGGGCUGGAGAGAGAGGGGCGGUCUUCCAGAACCUGGCUGUGAUUGCGUCCUGAAGCAAGAAAUUUAAACCGAUCAGAAGUGUAUGAUAGAACAAAAGAAGACGACAACCAGGGGUCAUCUGAAAUUGUGAUUGGCUCACUGAUAAUCCCAGGACAAAAUUAGAGACUACUACUCAAACAUAAGUUUCCUAAGACUGCUACGAAGAUGUUUGACGUAAAGGCUUGGGCUGAAUAUGUUGUGGAAUGGGCUGCCAAGGACCCUUAUGGUUUCCUUACAACAGUUAUUUUGGCUCUCACCCCACUGUUCCUAGCAAGUGCUGUUCUAUCCUGGAAAUUGGCCAAAAUGAUUGAAGCCAGAGAGAAGGAGCAAAAGAAGAAACAAAAACGACAAGAAAAUAUUGCAAAAGCUAAAAGACUAAAAAAGGAUUGAAGGAGUGAACAAGCUCUGCACCUAGAGGAGAAUCAUUUGGAACAUUACGCAGCUUUGGACUCAUUAAGUGUGUGGAUUUCAUCAUAGGAUCAUAUAGUAAAUUAAAUCUGAGUAUAUAAAAGAAUCAUGUUCUGACCUCAAUAUUACAGUAAUGUUUAGUUUUGUGUGUGAAAGUUUGUUGGUAUCUAUUGACAUGAUAAGUGCAUUGUAUUAAUCUGAAAAUCAAAAAUCAUAAAUGUUCCAAAAUCUGAAACUUCUUGUGUGCAGACAUGAUUCACAAGUGAAAAUUCCAUAUACGACCUUGUAACAGGUUGUAUUGAGUUAGGCUAGAUGAAGUGGAAAUGAU